CAAGUCAUACGCUACGCUAGUUCACGGAACCUGAUGGCGGCGAUGAAUUCCUCCUUCUGGUGCGGCGGAGAAAGACACUGCCGCGUCCAGUACUUCCGUCCAUGACCAGUCGGCGCAACCGUAUUAUAUUCCAAUUCACAAACACCACCACCACCACCAGUUGCUGUUCCCUAAUUUUAUUUUUUUUGACUUUUUUCCGGUCUCUUGUAGCGUCUGCGGCUAAUGGGUCAGUCCGCUUCGUCCUACUGGUUGCCGUCGGGGUCGAGCCGUGGUCCGGCGAGGUCGGGCAACCACAGGGCUGCCGUCCGGUCGGAGGUUGUGUCCCUGAUGCCGACGGAAGAUGGGUGUGAGGAGGUUCACGAGGGUGUUAUGAGUUGUGAAGACUAUAUAUCUGAACUUCCGGAUUUGUGUUUGGCUUGGAUUUUUCAGUCUCUGAGCUCCGGCGACCGGAAGAGCUGCUCACUGGUUUGCAAGCGGUGGCUCCGGGUGGAGGGGCAGAGCCGGCACCGCCUGGCGCUCGACGCGAGGUCGGAGCUCCUCUCCAUCGUCCCUUCCCUCUUCUCGCGCUUCGACGCCGUCACGAAGCUCGCUCUCCGGUGCGACCGUCGAUCCAUCAGCAUAGACGAUGACACGCUGAUUCUGAUCUCCUUCCGUUGCUCGAAUCUCACGCGCCUCAAGCUCCGCGGCUGCCGCCAGCUCACCGAUGUCGGUUUAGCCGCUCUCGCCAAAAACUGCAAGGGUUUGAAGAAGUUAUCGUGUGGCUCUUGCGUGUUCUGGGUCAAAGGCAUGAACGCACUCCUCGAUCACUGCUCCAAUCUCGAGGAGAUCUCUGUGAAGCGCCUCCGUGGCAUCCACGACGGAGGCGCCACCGACGAGUUGGUCGGGCCCGGCAUCGCUUGCUCGUCGCUGAAAACCAUUUGCCUGAAGGAACUAUACAACGGCCAGUGCUUUGCACCGCUAAUAAUUGGGGCGAAGAAUCUGAGAACUCUCAAGCUGUUACGUUGCUUGGGAGAUUGGGACAGGCUUUUGGAAACGAUCGCUAAUCGAGAGAAUUCUCUUGUCGAAAUCCAUUUGGAGAGGCUUCAGGUGAGCGAUUCAGGUCUCAAGGCGGUGUCCAAUUGUUCGAAUCUCGAAAUUCUGCACAUCGUCAAGACACCGGAUUGUACGAAUGUUGGAAUCGUGUCCAUUGCGGAGCACUGUAAGAAAUUGAGGAAGCUUCAUAUCGAUGGAUGGAGGACGAACCGGAUAGGCAACGAAGGCCUGAUCGCCAUUGCCAAGCAUUGUGCAAACCUUCAAGAACUGGUACUCAUUGGCGUCAACCCUAGCUCAAUUAGUCUCGAACCACUGGCAUCCAAUUGUCAAAAGCUGGAACGGUUAGCUCUCUGUGGCAGUGAGACAAUUGGGGAUGAAGAAAUUUCGUGUAUUGCUGCAAAAUGCGUGGCAUUGAAGAAGCUCUGCAUUAAGGGGUGCCCAGUAUCAGAUCGGGGUAUCGAAACUUUUGCUUGGGGCUGCCCUAAUUUGGAGAAAAUAAAGGUGAAGAAGUGCAGCCGAGUGACAAGCAAUCUUGCAGAUCGGUUGGGGGUGAGGAGGAAAUCUUUGGUGGUGAAUUUGGAUGUGUGUGAGGUUGGAGCUGAAGUGUUCGAUACGAGCGGCAGCGAUGGCGGGCCACAGGAAGAUGGUGUGGAGUUUCCUCUGGUGGGGAGCCAUAUCAGUGGUGGUGGUGCUGUUGAUGUGGAGGCUCCUCCUCCGAGCAGUAGUAAUGGACGGCCGUCGUUUUUCAAGUCAAGGUUUGGGCUUUUUGGAGGGAAGGGUCUUGUGGCUUGGACAUGUAGGAGGAACUCAUCAAACAAUAAUAGCCCAAAUGGAGGAGGAGGCUUCUGAUCUGAAUGUUGAUGUUCUGAACUCGAUCUUUUCCCCGUUGUUGGAAGCAGGGCACCUGAUUUCCUGCGCUUAAAAUUCCUCCUCCUCUAAUCCAUACUGGCUUUGGCUUGUUCUUCAUGGUUUUGCCAGACACGACACAAAUUGUAUCCUGGAAUAUUCUUGUUGCACUUGUGCCUGAUUUGAUUCAAAUCUCCUUCAAUACAUCUCUCUACCUAUAUAGCUUCUGCAGCUGCUGGUGGUUUCUUCUGCAUUUGUGUUGAUCAUCGUAUUCAUCUUUGUACUAGCAGUCACUAGUAGUAGUAGACUAGUCGUAGUAGUUUGUCUGCCCUUCUUUCCUCUUCAUGCUCCGUAGAGUGAGUGUGUAGUCUUUACAUGAAGCCAUGUUUUCAUGUAAAUCACCAAAUUUUCUUUGAGUGAAUUUGCAUCCUUCUAUUUUUUU